GUCGAGCGCACGGCCGGCGGCGGCGGCGGCAGCGCGUUUCAAGAUGGCAGCCAAGCGGAGACGCUGAGAGGAAAGCGGCCCGAAAAGCGCGCGCGUGUGUGUGUGCGUGUGUCACGACCGGGAGCGUGCGUCGAUCGGCGGGCGCGAUCGGCCCCUGCAACCCCCCGGCCCGAGCGCCAUGCGACACUGGGACUGCCACACGGACGGGCACAGCGGCGUCAACCAGCUCGGGGGCGUGUAUGUCAACGGGCGGCCUCUGCCGGACUCGACGCGACAGAAGAUCGUCGAGCUGGCGCACUCCGGGGCCCGGCCGUGCGACAUCUCGCGCAUCCUCCAAGUCUCCAACGGAUGCGUCUCCAAGAUACUCGGAAGGUACUACGAGACGGGCUCUAUCCGGCCCCGAGCCAUCGGUGGCAGCAAGCCGCGCGUGGCGACUCCGGACGUUGUGGGCAAGAUCGCCGCGUUCAAACGCGAGUGCCCGUCCAUCUUCGCCUGGGAGAUCCGAGACCGGCUCCUCUCCGAAGGCAUGUGCUCCGGUGACAACGUGCCCAGUGUGUCCUCCAUCAACCGGGUCCUGCGCAACCUGGCGGCGCAAAAGGAGCAGCAGCAGGCGGCCGUGCAGGGCGUGUACGACAAGCUGCGCGUGCUGAGCGGUGCCUCCCCGCUGGGCUCCGCAGCGGCGGCGGCCGCAUGCUGGGGUCCGUGGCAGCCCGCGCAGCCGACGCCCACGCAGCCCGGAGCACAGGGUCCGCUGGCUGCGGCCGUGGCGGCGGCAGCAGCAGCCUCCACCACGCUGCACGCGGCACAGCACAACAAGGCAACCGCAGAGCUGGACCCGGAGUCCCAAGAGAGCGGUGACGACGAUGCGGCGGCACGGUUGCGACUCAAGCGCAAGCUUCAACGGAACCGAACCUCCUUCUCCAUGGAGCAGAUAGAGGCGCUAGAGAAAGAAUUCGAGCGCACCCACUACCCGGACGUCUUCGCGCGGGAGAGGCUAGCCGCCAAGAUCGACCUUCCCGAGGCACGUAUUCAGGUCUGGUUCUCCAACCGGCGGGCAAAGUGGAGACGCGAGGAGAAGCUGCGCAGCCAGCGACGCGACGGCGCCGGCAACGGCGGCAGCGGCGGCGGCGGCGGCUCGGCCGGUCUCGGCACCGGAUGCAGCCCUCCCCGACCGAGUCCCGGCUACGCGAGCCCGCUCUACCCGUCCUUACACGCGCCUUCGGGGUGCGGUGGGGGCACCGGCGGCGUCGUACCGGACGUGUACGGCAGCGGCUCGCCGGCCACGGGCUACGCGGCGGCCGCGGCUGCCGCUGCAGCGGCUGCGUCGUGCCUUCAGCAGCAGCAACAGCAUCACCAGCAACAGCAACACCAACACCAGCAGUCGCACCACGGCUCGGUGACGGUACCGCCGCCCCCGACCUCGCCGUACGCACCCUGCGUGCUGGGACCGUCGGGAGGCGCGGCGACCGCCGCCGUCUCCAGGUCGCCGUACGACUCGAUCACCGGCCCCUAUUCGUCCAGGCCUUCGCACCUCAACGCUCAGCUGGCCGGAGCCGGAUCUACGGGGCUCAUCUCUCCGGGCGUGUCGGUCCCCGUGCAAGUGCCCGGCCACAACAGCGCCGACCACCUGGCGUCCAGCUACUGGCCUCGGAUCCAGUAGGCGCCGCCUGACUCUGCGGCAGAGGCGAACGGGCGCAUGCCCCAGCGGCUGGGAUACUUCUGAUGAUGGCCGCGGCGUAUAACUCUAAACAUCCCAUCAUCGACCUACGGCAGCAACGUUACGAAUUUGGAAGUGAAGCACAGUUCGGCACUGCGUCUCGCGGAGGCGGUAUCAUUUCUUGCUCGGGUAGAGAAAACAGAAAAGGCGCUUUCGCGUGCCUUGUAGCAGUCCCGCUGUGCUCCACCAAACUCCGCCGCGUACUGUCAGAGAAGCUAAUCGCGCAGUGGACAGGCUCGAAAUCUUGAAGACGGCACCAGUAUUUGCCACAGAUAUAUUCAGGCGCAAGGGCAGGAAAGACAUAAAUAUGAAUAUUGGCACGCGAACUUUGUGAUCUAAGCCUUUGUCAUCUAGAUAACGACGUGCGCGUAUGGGCAUAUUGCGGGGCCGGCCAGACGUAUUGCGAAUAAAUUCCCGUGUGAACUGAACCGGCCAUGCCCAUUUCAAAAGAUGUUGAACAAAGGUUAAAUGGGUUUCGCUUAUUCAUAGCCGUAUUGUUACGCCGUCGACGACAGCGACAAAAAGUAAAAAGCCGUAAAUGCAUCACCCCCCCCCCCCCCUCCUUGCCCCUAUGCUCUUCUGUUUCAAAGUAUAAAUCAAAGUAUGGAAUUUACUUGGACCACAGUCACCGUGGCCUACAGUGUGACCUAUUAUAUACCGUGCUGCGUCCGUCCAACCACAAUUGGCCCCUCGCUUACGUUCACGCGGACGCUUUGCCGAACUGUGCCUCCAAUUCAAACACGAAGCUUGCCGUGAGCCACCUUCGUACGUUCAUCCACGCACCGUCGCCUCGAGCGGAAGAAUAGUGACGCCGCAGAGUCUGGGCUGCUCUCACUGGCAUCCGCCGCCCACCACGCAUCUCAAGGAUAUACAGGCCACCUCACCAGAAGACUGUCUUCACUGCAGUGAAGGACGUGCAGGCCCUCUGACCACCCACCCCCGCCCCUGUGCUGUGAAACUACGAUGAACCGAUAAAGACCCAGUGACAAUUGUGCGCGUGCUUCGCAGUUUUUAUUUGUGAUCCGUCUUAUGAACAACGUUGAAAACGUCGAAUCGAUUCUCUGCACCGACUCGCCGCCUAUCGAAAAGUCAUGUUGGAACGACGCUGCAACUGCCGUUUAGUGGCGUGGUCGCUGUACUUGACACGGGGCGAACAAAGUAAGAACUCCGAAUGGGGCAGCCAUUUUACGCAGGAUUAAGGAAUGCAUGAUUGCGGAGUCGUGUCAUAGGGGAGCGCGUGCGAGCUUACGCUCGCAGUCAUCGAAAUACCCCGACAUCGGAGUUGCUGCGGGUGAUUGCAAGCUUUUGGCACACUUUUGCACGAUAGAUUUGCAUGAAGGAUACUCUAACGAUGUAAUUUAACGCUUAAUCAUAGCCUCGAGGCUUGCGUGCUCGUUACAAGCAUUCACAUUCCUUGUGUUCUUUUUUUUUUUCGGAAGCUUCAUAUUAACAGAGACCCACACGCUUCUAAGUCACACUUAACUCUUCUCAAAAAUCUCUUCGAAACCGCAGUGACCGCUUUCACGUCAUCAGUGGAUGAAGAUGCCAUCGCAGUAAUAGAACUACUUUUGACUUACGAACGUUAAAACUGUGCUUCCAACUGGAGGCACGGUGGCGCUAAGAAGAUUCGAAGAUUAUGCAUGGGAGCGAUGAAACAUACUAUGUUGCGGCUGAUAUGGUUGCGAAUAGGUGUAACACAUUUGUAGGUGCGCACUUAUUUCGGCGUCCCUGAGUAUAGUGCGUCAGCACAACACACGGACGAAUGCAAUCGAGAAACGAGCAAAGCGUACAGAAUGAUCAAGCGGGUCCCAUACCAGCAUGCAGGCUCAGAUAGGCUAGCCUGUCAAAAUCAUACUUACAUACUAUGACCGAAUGGCCCUUCAGCUUAGUGCAUAAAAAGGCAAAUCCCUUGUUGGGCUAGGUGGGGAAAUGUAGCUAUUAGAAGACAGGUGCGCACAGACGAACAUCUUGUCUGUCCUUUACUACAUGUGUAUUUAUUCGUGCCUGUCUUCAAAUACUUCGUACAUUAAAGUUGUCCACUCGGUACUCAUUAAUUUCUUUCCGUUCCGUGGUCGCCAUAUACGGCGUGUUCUCCCGCUUCUAAACAAUCAAUCAGUCUUAUACCACUUGAAUUAUUAUUAUUUUUUUUUUGAGAUGUACAGUACGUUGCUCGAAGAAGCAAAGAAAAAAAACUAAUCUGUAGUCUUGAGGAAAUUUCCAGAACGUUUACCAAUCAUGUCGUCACUUCCGUUUGUCCUCAAAUUCGGGCAGGGCAAUCAAAGCAUGUAUAGGCUAAUGACAAAAAGAACAGCUGGUAACCCGAGUGUUGCUGUACAGCAACACAACGGUAAGUCCGAUAUCGGAUAUAGCCUCAGGCGACGAGUCGGUGAGUGGAAAGGGCAAAACUGCAUGCUUUAUACCAGAGCCGUGUAUACCUCAACGAGUGAACCGGAGGUGUGCAUAUGGACAUUCGCACGUGAGACUCGAGAGAGAACGUGGUGUGCGCGUGUAUUUGUGUGCUCGUGUGUGCGCGCUUCUUGUGUGUUGUGAGUGACAGGAAGAGACUGCUGAAGCGUCGACGCGCAUGCUCCCCCAUGCUGCAAGCCACGUGAUGCACUUUCGGCGCGAACGCUCUAGUGCCUCGCAGUUUUAAUAAAUAAACACAUUUCAUCGUCACA